AAAUAGGAAAACAGGCUCCUAGGCAUGGUUGGAACGAACCCUAGUUUUAUCUCCGCAGCAGCAAACUAAUUUGUGUUGCGUCCCAUGAGCAACCAGUUAAAUGAAACAAAGGAAGAACCCUUCUGUGCUUAAUCAUGUAUUGCUGAAUUGUUCUUCUCAGGCCAAAGAAUACGGGAGAUGCAUUGCUGGAAAGGUUCCCGAGAUCGAACAGGGCAUGUGCUCAAAAGAAUUUCAGGCACUUAAAGCAUGCAUACAGAACAUGAUUAAAAAGAAGGCUUAAGGAAAUCCUCUGUUUUUGGUCUCUUAUUCUACCCUGGAGAACUUUUAUUCAUAGUUGUAAAUUUUUUUGUUUGCAUUUCCUUUGCUGAAACGGCAUCCACACUGAGUACUUCUGCAGAAAUCCAUUAACGUGCGACAAUCAUGUUUGGAAGUUCAUCUAGAGAUCCAUCCAGUGCAGUUUUAUGUGGUUCAGGGGCUCUAUCUCAUGUUUAUAUCCAGCACCCACCUUUGAGAUGCAACAUCCCUGAGACACAUGGACUUUUUUAUGAUGAUGGUAAUAAGCUACUUCUUUCGCCAACAUCAGAUCAGGUAUUGUCAUGGAAAACUGCUCAAUGUGACCAGUAUGAUCCACCCAAUUCUGAUUCAAUAAGCGAGGGACCUGUGCUGUCUAUUCGGUACUCUCUCGACAAAAAAGUUAUAUGCAUUCAACGGUCAAAUCAAGAGAUUCAGUUUAAAAAUAAAGAAACUGGCAAAUCCUUCAGCUGGAGGUGCAAGUCAGGUUCUGAAAGUAUACUUGGUUUUUUCUGGACAGACUGCCCAUCUUGUGACAUCAUAUUCAUAAAGACGAGUGGUAUAGAAUCUCUUUUGUAUGAUGCUGAGUUGAAUACCCUCCGAUUAGUGGAAGCAAAACGUUUCAAUGUGAGCUGGUAUGUCUACACACAUGAAAGUCGGAUGGUUCUUCUAGCCUCUGGAAUGCAAUGCACAACUUUCUAUGGAUUCCAGUUUUCAUCUGGAGGAAUCAUCCGAUUACCCAAAUUUGAGAUGACUAUGGUUAGAACUGAGGCAAACCAGAAACCUGUUCUUGCUGUUGAAGAUGUUCAUAUUGCUACCAUCUAUGGGAGGAUUUACUGCUUGCAACAUGAUAGGGCUGGGAUGAUACUAAACUUAUAUAGGUUUUACCGUGAUGCUGUUGUGCAUCAGGGAACUCUUCCUACUUAUUCAAACAGAAUUGCUGUCAGUGUGGUAGAUAAUGUACUUCUUGUUCAUCAAGUUGAUUCAAAAGUUGUUAUAAUCUAUGACUUGUUUUUGGACUCCCUGGCCCCAGUAUCUGCUCCAUUGCCCCUUCUUUUAAGAGGCGCUUCUGUUAAUGGAAAGCAGGCAGCGCAAGUGGGGGAUAACAUUGCUAUGUCAUAUGGUGCAAUGAUAUAUGCAGAUAAAUGGUCUUUUCUUGUUCCAGAUCUUAUUUGUGAUCUUGACCAUGGACUAUUAUGGAAGAUUUACCUGGAUUUAGAGGCUAUAGCUGCCAGCUCUUCAGACAUACCUUAUCUUUUAGAAUUCCUUCAACGUAGAAAGUCUGAUACAAGCAAAAGUAAGUUAUUAUGCCUGGCAAUUAUGCGGUCAAUUAUUCUUGAAAGAAGGCCUGUUUCUAUCAUAUCAAGUGCAAUUGAUGUGCUUGUAGCUGCUUACUCUCACGUAGUAAAAGCAGGAAGUGCUUUGCAUGGUGGAGAUAGAAGGGCAUCAGAAACAUUUCCAGAUUCAUCCACCCAGCAAACUGAAAACCCUGGGUCAUUAUUUGUGGACUCCGUGGGUGGAACAAAGAAUAAUGAAAAUUUUGUCAAGCAGGAAUCUUCAAGCAGAGCAGAGAGCAAGAGUCAACAACCUGCAUGUACAAAUGUAAAGAAUGAACACUUCAAUGAUGCUGCAGUAUCUGCCGCACCCGGUGUCCCAGCUUGCUCUGUUUCCAGUUCUGAUGCUGAUACAGACUUGGAAUCAAGGAACCAUUCAACUCAGCACCCUGAGAUGUCCUUGUCUGGUGAUAGCAGUGCUAAAGAAACUAGAACUUUAAUGCAACCUGGACGUGGGGCUGAAACACCUGUUGUGAAAGGGGAAGAAUCAUCAAUACAUGCUGAGGCAUUUGAAAAUAGAAUCAGUUCGAUUGAAUCUGGCAUUUCUAGUAAUCAAGGUGCACAGCUUUCCACUGCUGCAAUUUCACCAGAUGAAAUGUACAAUUUUGUCUUUGCCAUUGUUGAGGAUGAAAUGGGUGGAGAUCCAGCAUAUUUGGUUGCUAUUAUUGUUGAGUUUUUGCGAAGUGUAUUUAAGGAAAAAAUGAAGGUUCAUCCAAAACUAUAUGUUAUGACAAUCCAGUUACUGGUACGCAGCAAUCGUUAUGCUGAAGUUGGAUUAUUGGUGAUAAACAAGGUUUUGGAGCCCUCCAAAGAAGUUGCUUUGCAAUUAUUAGAUUCAGGUCGCCAGAAUUUACAAUUACGGAAGUUGGGGAUGGAUAUGCUUAGACAAUUGUCGCUGCAUCAUGAUUAUGUGAAUCUUCUACUGCAAUAUGGAUACUAUCUUGAAGCUCUGCGGUAUGCCAGACGAAAUAAGGUUAUUACCGUUAGUCCAUCUUUGUUUCUGGAAGCAGCUCUUGCUACCAAUGACUCUCAACAACUAGCAGCAGUUGUGAGGUUCUUCUCAGAUUUCACCCCUGGUUUCAAGAGCACUGCUGAGCAUAGCAGGUUUCUUGGAAUUUUAACUGAAAUGAGUUAAAUUGAUAGCUGAAAUCAUCCUCAAUGUCUUUAAACGGAGAGAUUAUUCUGUGCGGACGCUGAAAGCAAUUCACCGUCUGGAGACCAACUAGAAUGUGCCACGUCAGCGGUACCGAGCAUUAUUGAGUUAGGUACCGAUCAAGGGGCAAUAUGGCGCAUUCUGAUUAGUCUCCGGACGACGUUCGGCGUCUGCAUAGAAUAAUUUCACCUUUAAAUGAGGGGAAAUGAAACAAUUUGAAAUGCUGAUAGCUCUCCUGUAUAUGGAGUUAGCAUAGCUUUCUAGAACCAAAAAAAUAAAAAAACCAAAAAUAUUCUGGAGUUGAAUGAACUUGGGAUACAUUGAUAUGGUAAUCUUCCUAAUUUUUUCUGUAAGAUAUAAAUAUAUGAGUAUAUACAGAGAUCUUGUGCAGGUGAACUGUGGGGAUUAAAUGGAAAUCUCAAAAAAUGUUUCUGGAAGAAAAUAGGACUAUUUUAGGACAAUGGUAUGUUUACAAGGUCUUUUACAAACUAGAAUCCCAGUUUUUGGGAUCUGUAAUUAUCACCAGUGAUUGAUAUUUGGCUUA